UGCAAAAUGACAGACUUUUUUUGAUGCGCCAUGGAGACUGUCAACGCUGCUGAUGGCCUCAAAUAUUGGCGAUGUUUGGACUGCUCUGGGAUUGGUGUGGGAAUCUGUCAAACUUCAUGCUGACAGAACCGCGCUCCGUUAUCUCACAGUGGAGCGAACCUUAGGAUGCCUGACCUACCGACAGGUCUGGCAGCUGUCGGGCUUGGUGGCCCAGCGCUGUGGUGGCUCGGUGUUGGCCGUGGCGAUCGAUGAUGGGCCCUACUUGGCCUUGGCGGAGCUGGCAGGUUGGCGCAGGAGCAUGAUCCUGGUGCCGUUGGACCCGCACGAUCCGCCCGCACGGCUGCAUCAUGUGAUGUCUGAAGCAAAGGCUUCGUGCUGUGUGACCAAAGACUGGGGUGAUGCGAAGAAGCUACUGGAGGCCGCUGAGGCACUACCAGUGGAAGUCAUUGACCUGAGCCUUGCAGUGCCACUAUCAAUGGAGCUCCCAUUGCAUGUGGCUUUAGAGGCGCCAGAGUGGUUGCAGCCUGAGUCAGUGGCAUAUAUGUGGUUUACCAGCGGUUCCACGGGCCAGCCAAAGGGGGUCCUCAUAUCUCAUCGAGCUUUCUCGAACUGGUGCAAAGUCAAGAACCCUCCUCAGGGCAUCUCGAGGGAGAGUGUGGUACUCAUUGCAUCAGCCUCUACAUUUGACCCGUCAAUUGGCGACAUCUUCGCUACUUGGGCCGUGGGUGGCACUGUGGCUGUGGCGCCGCGGAUGUUGUUCUUUGCGAACUUGGGCUGGACCAUUGAACGGUUGACCGUGAGCCAUGUGACCUGCACCCCUUCGCUGUGGCAAUCCUUGGAGACAGAGAUGGACUGCUCAAGUCUCACUCUGUGCUUGGGUGGUGAGCGCUCACCUCAGCCCUUGCUGGACCUUUGGGCUCCCAAGCUGACUUUGCUGAACACCUACGGCACAACUGAGUGCACCGUGUGGCAGACAUUGCGGCGGAUGGAACUGGGUGACAAGGCCACUUUGGUUGGUUCUCCGUAUGCGGGCAACGAGAUUGAGAUCCUCGAAAAGGAUGGCACUACAGAAGUCCCAGAUGGUGAAGUUGGAGAGAUCGUGCAGGGUGGCAUGCAGGUUGGGAUCGGCUACUACAAUCGUCCGGAGUUGACGGCGCAGAAGUUCGUCGAACGACCCGGGCGGAACGGCAAGUGGUACCGCACCGGAGAUGGUGGGAUCCUCCGUCGAGAGCCACGGUGUGAGCUCGAAGUAGUUGGACGCUUUGACAGUCAGGUGAAGAUCCGUGGAAUGCGAGUGGAGCUGGGCGAAAUUGAGAUUGGGGUCGUGAAAGCUGCAGCUGGACUGCUGAGCAACUGUGCAGUGAAGCUCCGCGACAGCUUUCUCGUGGCCUACUGCCAGGUCUCCGCUGCUGCCUCAGUGAUGUUGCACGAGCCCUACUGCAUCAUGCCAGUGAUGAGUGACUUCCUUCUACAGCGGUCAAGCCACGAACUGCCACGGCACAUGUUGCCCAGCAAAUUCAUUCUGAUGCAAAGGCUCCCUCUCACAGCGAACGGGAAAGUGGACAACAAAGCACUUCCAGAAGUGGUAGAUGCGUCAACCUCCACAUCCUCAUCUCUGACAGCUUUGGAGCGGGUGGUGGCCGGAAUUUGGGAGGAGGUCUUGGGCCGCAAGGGCAUCGGUCCCAAUGACCACUUUCUGGCGCUUGGUGGUCAUUCCAUGUCCGUCCUGCAGGUCUCACGGCGGCUGCUGAAACUUGCCGCAGCAGCGGGUCAGGAUGUGAGUCCUGCCAGUGCUUUGGGCAUUCUGCUGUCGCCUGAGAAGCUGAUCCAUUCUCCCCGGCUGCGGAUCUACUGCCAGAUGCUGGCACGGGGAGGUGUACGAUUUGCAGCGGUCGGAGGUUCCGAAGAGGAACAGAUUGGUGAAGAGGAUGUGGCCGAGCUUCGCAUUAACUAUGUGAAGCACAAAGUGAAGAGCAGCGAUGCAGAGUUGGACCAUGGUGCUUGGGAGCAGGUGCCACUGGCUGGCCCCGAGCUCUUGCUCUGCCGCGCCUCGGAGGCUGGACUGCUUCCCUUAGUGCAGCUGCUCCUUUCAGAAGGUGCUCAAGUGGAAGGAGGCCUGCUUGAAGGGCAGUAUGCCAGACAUGGGUCGACACCCCUGAUCUUGGCUGUCAUGGGAAACCAUUUGUGCUGUGCUGAAGAGCUCUUAUCGUAUUCUGCGCAGCCGGAGCGGCGAGAUGCUCAUGGAACGCCGGUGCUUCACAAGGCCGCCGAGCGUUGCGGAGAACGAAUGGUGGCAUUGCUUCUCAAGGCUCGUGCAGAUGUUGAAGCAAUGGACACGGCCAGCCGUAGCACGGCUUUGCAUGCUGCAGUGAAAGCAGGAAAUGUUGCUACAACCACGGCAUUGCUGCAGAGCUCAGCUCGGAUGGAUUGGUUGGAUCGAUGGAACCGCACAGCGUUGCACUGGGCCAUUUUCCACAACCAUCUGGAAGGGUGCAAGGUGCUGUUGCAAAGCGGAGCGAAGGUCAUUGGAACUCUUGGUGAGCAAGGUGGUCGAAUCCUCAUGUCAGACAUCCCGUGCGGGAACUUGCCACGCCGAGUGUCCAAGAGGACGAAAGACUUCGUGACUCCCAUGGACCUUGCGAAGGAAUUGGCUUUUUUUCGGAGACACGAUGUGGCUGGCGCUUUCAUAAAGGCAAUGCACUCUUAGUAGAUUCUUAGUAGGUUGGAGGAUGUUGGAGGCCAGCGCUAUGAAGCCGCUUCUUAGCCAUCGCUAUUGCCAGUCCUUGGUUCACACUUCGGUGAAGGAACGUUUUCCUGAUGGCCAAGUCGUUCAAGUACUUCAAGCCCACAAAUCCUGAACAACCAGCCUGGAUAUGCUGCAUGCCCGUCCUCAUCCACAGUGAGUUUGCAAGAAGCACCCCCGCAGCUUGGAGUUGGACCUGAAGCUCCCCUCCCGAUGAGCUCGAUGCACAACUCAGAGAGGGAACGGAGGAGGGAACUACUACUACACGCACCGCGUGAAAAGAAGACGUUGAGCUGCUUGGGAACAUUGGGAACAACUUGACAUGUGCACCCUCAGUGUGAACGAAAAGCAUACGAAAGCACAUGCGUCACGUGCCUGCUGCCUUCACGUUGUUUCUUUUAAAUGGUGCAGCCAUUUGCCAAACAUAGCCAUGGG